AUGAACGAUCUAAAGUGUUUUAUUGUGGGACCCUGUGCGGAUGUGCGCCCUCCUCCUCUCUCACUUCACGCAGACUUCGUGAUCAGAGACGCCGCUCUCUCUGGUCCAAAUGCAGCGAGAGAUCCACGGUCCUGCAGCUCCAAGGCCCCCCGCGCUGCUGCACCAUCCCCGCACCGGAGACAUGAAGCCCGCAGGUUCUCCAGCAUCACCUCCGCGGGGAGACAGGGCCGGGCGCUCGUCCACGGCAGAAGUGGAUUCAGAAAUCUGGAGAAGACAAGGCCUGAGCGUCGACACAGCACCAUGGGCUACAAGAUCUCGGGCGCCGCCAUGGACCGCAUGAGUCCCCUGUGGAGGAUGCGGCGCCGCGCCCGCAGAGGAGUGCUGUGUAUGGGCUUCUUCUGCGUCUCGAUGGCGCUGCUCUACGCUCUGUGCGCCGAGAACAGCGUCCCGGUCACAGACGCCAUCUUUGGAGUGAAGGCCAGGACCAGGGCCCAGCCGCGCACCCACGUCUCCAAGGUUCUGCGUGGAUCCAAGCCCCUGAUGGUGGACCCUCAGAAGCUUCCGGGCGUCGUCCCCGGCGACCCAAACCGACCAAUCCCGGUGCUGUCCGGCCUGAACCACACAGAGACACACAAAGCAGACGCACACAGACACACAGAGGGUCUGUUCACACGCCUCCUGCCGCGACCUCUGACCCGCGCCCUGGAGACGCUGUUCGGAGGUCGGCGCCGCGGUGAGCUCAGCGGGAGGAACGGAGACGAGUUCUACGGUCCCCACGCUCUGCUGGGACAGGUCUGGGACGAGGACAUGUCCAGCACCAUGCUCUCCAGCCGCCUCAAGAAGGUGGUGCAGAACUUUCAGGCCAUGAACAAAUACGAUGUGGAAGUGAGUCUGGAGAGCGCCCCCUCUGGUGUGAAGCUGACAGGACCUCAGCUGCUCUGUCAACUGAAGCAGCAGGUGCAGGUGUCCACUCUGACCCAGGACUUGCAGCCGUUCUCAGACCUGCCCUGGGCUCAGCAGCUGCCGUCGCGGAGCAUCACGGACGAGAUUGGACCCUACAGAACCUGCGCCGUGGUCUCCUCCGCCGGGUCCAUGAAGAACUCCCGCCUCGGCAAAGAGAUCGACUCCCAUGAUGCCGUGCUGCGCUUCAACGCUGCUCCAACCGCAGGAUUCGAGAACGAUGUCGGUUCGAAGACCACUCUGCGCCUCAUAAACUCACAGCUGAUGGCGACAGAGGAGCACCGCUUCCUGUCCUCGUCUCUGUACAGCUCUGGGAUCCUCGUGGCCUGGGACCCGGCUCCAUUCUCUGCAAAUCUGUACCAGUGGUUGAACCGGACAGACUACCCGAUCUUCUCCCAGUUCCUGAGGUACAGACGGCUCCACCCUCUGCAGCCGUUCUACAUCCUCAACCCUCAGUUCGAGUGGCAGCUGUGGAGGAGGAUCCAGGACAACAUGAAGGAGGCCAUCCAGAGAAACCCCCCCUCCUCCGGGAUGCAGGGUACCGUCAUGAUGAUGUCCCUGUGUCUGUGUAUCACAGGUACCGUCAUGAUGAUGUCCCUGUGUCUGUGUAUCACAGGUACCAUCAUGAUGAUGUCCCUGUGUCUGUGUAUCACAGGUACCAUCAUGAUGAUGUCCCUGUGUAUCACAGGUACCGUCAUGAUGAGGUACCGUCAUGAUGAUGUCCCUGUGUCUGAGUGUAUCACAGGUACCGUCAUGAUGAUGUCCCUGUGUCUGUGUAUCACAGGUACCAUCAUGAUGAUGUCCCUGUGUCUGUGUAUCACAGGUACCAUCAUGAUGAUGUACCGUCAUGAUGAGGUCCCUGUGUCUGUGUGUAUCACAGGUACCAUCAUGAUGAUGUCCCUGUGUCUGUGUAUCACAGGUACCGUCAUGAUGAGGUACCGUCAUGAUGAUGUCCCUGUGGCUGUGUGUAUCACAGGUACCAUCAUGAUGAUGUCCCUGUGUCUGUGUAUCACAGGUACCAUCAUGAUGAUGUCCCUGUGUCUGUGUAUCACAGUGUAUCACAGGUACCGUCAUGAUGAUGUCCCUGUGUCUGUGUGUAUCACAGGUACCGUCAUGAUGAGGUACCGUCAUGAUGAUGUCCCUGUGUCUGUGUGUAUCACAGGUACCGUCAAUGAUGAUGUCCCUGUGUCUGUGUGUAUCACAGGUACCGUCAUGAUGAUGUGUCUGUGUCUGUGUAUCACAGGUACCGUCAUGAUGAUGUCCCUGUGUCUGUGUAUCACAGGUACCGUCAUGAUGAGGUACCGUCAUGAUGAUGUCCCUGUGGCUGUGUGUAUCACAGGUACCGUCAUGAUGAUGUCCCUGUGUGAGGAGGUGCACGUGUAUGAGUUCCUCCCGUCGCGCAGAAAGACAGAGCUGUGUCAUUACUAUCAGCAGUUCGUGGACGCGGCGUGUACGCUCGGCGCCUACCACCCCCUGCUCUACGAGAAGAACCUGGUGAAGCGCAUGAACCAGGGACCAGACCGAGACAUCUACCAGGACGGACGGGUCACUCUGCCGGGAUUCAGGACCCUCAACUGCACACAGGAGGGACCAGGAGGGACCAGGAGGGACCAGGAGUGA